AUGCCCUUGACGUCGAUACGGGACAACGGGGCGGAAGCCUUCGAGCGAUUGCUGGCAGAGCACGGCCCUUUGCCCGACGACACCCCCUGGGAGUGGUCGGGGAAGCGGCCUGGGAAACACUUUCUCUUCUCUUUGUCGCAAACAAAGGCCGCUGGCUUGCUGAGUGGCGCCGGAAGAACGGGUCUGAUCUACAAUGGCCAAAAGGGUUGGCCCGACAUGCGCGGCGAGGGGGGUAUGCUCUUCGUGAGCCCCAGCAGCUACAAGGGCUUGGACGGCACGGUCCGGCGGUACGAGUGGGUGCAGGAGAUCGCCCCAGAACGCUCCAACCUCCGGGCCAUGCCGGAGUGGCUGAUCGAGAUCGUCAAUGCAAGCGGCGCGCCUCCAGCUGCAUCGAGACCGGCAUUUGGGCCCCCAGCUCGACCAACUGACGACUCCGGUGUGGACGAGAUCGAGCUGCCCCCUCCGCCAGCUGUUCUGGAGCGCAUUCAGAAAAGCCUCGCGGCCGCUGGAGACUCCAACUCAUGCUUUGACAAGCUCAAGAGGUCUUCUGGGGGCGACAUGUACGUGUUCCGCGUCAAUGGCGCACGCGUGUGUCCGUACGAGGCCAAUCACAGCGGCUCCAACAACUUUUGCGUCCUCGUGCGGGGUCGCAACCUCCUCUACAAGUGCAACAGCCCAGAAUGUUGUGACAUUCACCCGCCGCGCAAGAUCGUUGAGCUCACGGCAAAAGAGAGCAUGAUGGGGGGCGAGACAGCCCCAGUUUCUGAGGACGACCCGACCGUGUACAAGGAGCUGACGAAGCCAUUCGUGGACUACUGGGCGUUCAGAGGUGACAUGGGCGGCAGUCGGAUCGUCGCACAGAUGUACUCGAGGUGCCACAGGAUCUGGAACGACGGGAAGACUUGGUGGAUGUGGGAUGGGAAGCGUUUCAAGCAGGCUCCUGUCGAGAGGGUCAAACAUCCUCAACGUCCAAACGGGGUCAUAAACCUGCGCACCGGCGAGCUGGACAUCCACAGGCCGGAGUACCUGUGCACGAAGCUGGCUGACAUCAACUACAAGGGGCUACAUCACCCGACGCCCAUCCUCAAGGGCUUCCUGGACGACAUCUUCAACGGGGACCGAGCGUUGAUCGACUUCAUGCAGAGGCUCUGGGGUUAUGCCAUCAACGGACGUACCUCGGAGGAGAUCAUUGUGUUAUUACUCGGAAGCGGCGGGAAUGGCAAAGGAGUAUGCAAGCAGAUGCUGGAGACCACGCUGGGCGAUUACUACGGCGUCAUGUCCAAGGACGCCGUGGUCAAGGCCCCCGGACAACACCCGCCGUCCAAGGGCGCCGCCACGGGCUACCUCGCCGAGCUCCAGGGGAAGCGGGUGGCCGUGACGGACGAGACGAGCCCGGGCGAGCGCGUUGACCUAGGGAACGUGCUCAUGAUGACCGGCGGGGGCAAGGUCUCCUCCCGGCUCCUCUACCAAAACAACGUCUCCUUCCGCUUCACCCACACGCCCUUCAUCCAGACCAACUACGACCCCGAAAUCCCCCCGACCCUAGCCAAGCAGCCAAACAUCGACCGCCGCCUCAUCGUGGUCCGCUUCCCAAACGAGUACGUGACCGAGAACAAGUUUGACGAGACCAACCCAAACCACAGGCACGUGGACAUUGGGUUGAAGGACCGGAUGGAGAGUCAGGCGGUCCGCGAGGAGUUCCUUACGUUCCUCGUCCAGGGAAGUCGGGCCUGGUACGAGGACCCCACGGUCUUGCGCACGCAUCCGCCGGCCGUCCAGGCGGCCUCGAUGGCAUGGCUGGGGCGCGGAGACAAGCUGCAGAUCUUCCUGCAGUCGGAGCACUGCGUGCACGACCUGCCGGAGACGCCCGACAAUGCCAAGACCGUCACAUGGGAGGACGAGUUCUGGACGCAGUUCCAGAGAUUCACGGGGGUCAAGAUUGCCAAGGAGGAGUUGGCUAGGCAGAUGCGAGAGAAGGGUUUGGCGAGAACGAAGCGAGCCGGCCGUUAUGACGGGUCAUCCCAGCGGAGCUCAUGCUACGUAGGCUUCAAGUGCGAGUAUGAUUGACGAUCUGCGCCCGCCCUUAGAGCCAAUUACCGUCUUUCUUUUGGCCUUGCUUGAAUUGGUAGAGCACAGGUUCUGAGAUGUACAUAUUGCCCUCCUUUUUAGAGAAAGCUUAGAUGCCCUAGGUGUGACUUGUAGUAACACCCUCACUUUGGUAUUUAUUUUGUAUGCCUUUGGGAAGAACCUUACCAACCCUGCGGAUGUACCAAUGUACAUUGAC